UGGUGCGGGACAGCUGGCGCCGGGUGGCAGCUGAACAACUGGAGGCGGUGGCCACUGUGACCCGGAGCUAGCUGUGCUGCAGGAGCCGCAGCAGCUGCUGGCCUUGCACAGAAGCAGCCUCUUCCGCCAACCCUUCCUCAUUCUUUGGAGAUGGCGGGUGAAAUCACAGAGACCGGGGAGCUCUAUUCUCCUUAUGUCGGGCUGGUGUACAUGUUUAACCUUAUUGUGGGCACAGGCGCACUCACCAUGCCCAAGGCCUUUGCCACCGCCGGGUGGCUCGUCAGCCUCAUCCUGCUGGUGUUCCUGGGCUUCAUGAGCUUUGUGACAACCACCUUUGUGAUGGAGGCCAUGGCUGCAGCCAACGCCCAGCUCCGCUGGAAGAGGAUGGAGAUCCACAAGGAAGAGGAAGAAGAAGACUCCUCCACGGCCUCAGACAGUGACAUCCUCACCCAAGACAACUAUGAGCGGGCAGAGAAACGGCCCAUCCUGUCUGUGCAGAGACGCUUAUCAGCCAGCCUUUUUGAAAUCACAGACCGGGUGGAAAUGGGGCAGAUGGCUUCCAUGUUCUUCAGUAAAGUGGGGGUCAACUUGUUCUAUUUCUGCAUCAUUAUUUACCUGUACGGAGACCUUGCCAUCUACGCUGCAGCUGUGCCCUUGUCCCUCAUGCAGGUGACCUGCAGUGUGUCUGGAAACGACUCCUGUGGCGUGGACACAGAUACCAAAUACAACGACACUGAUCUGUGCUGGGGGCCCCUGCGCCGGGUGGAUGCCUACCGGAUCUAUCUGACUAUCUUCACCCUCCUCCUUGGACCUUUCACCUUCUUCGACGUCCAGAAGACUAAGUACCUGCAGAUCUUGACCUCUCUGAUGAGAUGGAUCGCUUUCGCCAUCAUGAUUGUGCUGGCCCUGGUGCGCAUCGGGAACAGGCAAGGAGAGGGGCACCCACCCCUGGCCAACUUCUCGGGAGUCCGGAACUUGUUUGGGGUAUGUGUCUACUCCUUCAUGUGCCAGCACUCCCUGCCAUCCCUCAUCACCCCCAUCUCCUCCAAGCGCCACAUCACACGCCUGGUGUUCCUGGACUAUGCCUUGAUCCUGGCUUUCUACGGACUUCUCUCCUUCACGGCCAUCUUCUGCUUCCGUGGCGACAGUCUCAUGGACAUGUACACCCUCAAUUUUGCAAGGUGCGACGUUGUGGGCCUGACUGCUGUCCGAUUCUUUCUGGGCCUCUUCCCCGUGUUCACCAUCAGCACCAACUUCCCUAUCAUUGCGGUGACCCUGCGCAACAACUGGAAGACACUCUUUCACCGUGAGGGUGGCACGUACCCGUGGGUGGUAGACCGUGUAGUGUUUCCCACCAUCACGCUGGUGCCUCCCAUUCUGGUAGCCUUCUGCACCCAUGACCUGGAGUCCCUGGUGGGCAUCACAGGAGCCUACGCAGGCACUGGCAUCCAGUAUGUCAUCCCUGCCUUCCUGGUGUACCUCUGCCGCAAGGACACCCAGCUGUCCUUUGGCUACGGAACUGUCAACAAGCAUAGGUCCCCGUUCCGCCACACCUUCUGGGUGGCCUUUGUGCUACUGUGGGCUUUCUUCUGCUUCUUCUUUGUCACAGCCAACAUUGUCCUCAAUGAGACCCAGCUCUGAUAGCAGGACGUGUCUGACAACAGGAGGCAGGGCCAGCCUAGUCCCGGCCUCCUUGCCUCAUCAGGAUUUAGCUGCCACCCAGGUCUCCGUGAGCAUGCUAGCCUGGGGCUCUUGGAGAAGGUCUUCUACAUCUCCAGCUGGUGUCUUCUCCUGACCCAGCCCUCGCCCUGCAGGACAGCCCACCUGCCUGGGAACGUGGCUGUCCCCAGAUUCUUCGAUGGACCCAGUCUGUCACACAUGUUCCUCCACUUCUGCUCCUAGAGGCUGUGGGGGAGACAGUGCAGGCACUGCUGCUGUUUAUACUAGAGCCCAGACCCCUCCUGCAUCCGCGGCCGUCCACUAGCAGCUGCUGCCUCUUCAAAGGCGAGUCCCAGGCCCUGGCUCUCCAAGCCUGACCUGCUUGUGAUGGUCCUGAAAGUUGCUAAGUAUUCCUCCUAUGGGAGGCCUGGCCAGUUCUGGUGACAAGGACAGGAAGUGCUAAUUGGCACCAGGGUCCCUAGACAAGAGCUGUGAGAGCUUUUGCUGUGGGUGCCAGCUCUGGUGUGACAGACAGAUGAAGCAUCCCUUCCAUGGGGUGUAAAACCCUUUCAGGGACCCUCUGUUCCACGGCUUCUCCUUCGGAGCCCAGGGACCUCCUGGAGUGCAAGGCUGCCCUCACCACCCACCCACACCAUAGUGGCUAACUGGCCUGGACUUACGGCAGGGAAAGAACAGAGUGCCCCUCUGCAAAAGGUCAAGCCUGUGUUCUGCACCCCAGCUUGCUCCCAUGCUGCAUUGCAACACUAAGGUGGUGCCCUUAGGAGCCUGGUCAUGGAUGCGCAUGGCCAGACACUCCAGGUGGCUGGCUAUCUUGGAGCUGGAGGAGAUGAAGGAGGCCAGGUCCCCAGCCGCUUCCUAGCUGGUCACGCAUGUACCCACUAGGCCCAAUGCCUUGGAAUGAGGAGUGAUUUAAUGAACUGCA